AUGGAUGGAUAUAAUAAUAGUAAUAUCCAUGGUAUCAAUCAGCCUAUGAUGGAUAUGUCAAAUAUGGAAUAUAUGACAAAUUUGGUUGCUCAACAACAACAACAACAACAGCAACAACAACAGCAGCAGCAACAACAACAACAACAACCAAACUUACCAUCUUUGUUAAUCCCACCAAAUACUCUGAGCAAUUCUAUGAAUACUUUCAACUCGAUCAUCGAUGAUGGAAGCACAAAGAAGAGAAAAGUAAAGAAUGAAGACGGAACCUACUCGGAGCUCGGAACAUCACCAGGAAACAUCCAGAGUGGUGGAUCAUAUAUGGAUACAUUCCAGCAGCUACAACAACACCAACAACAACUCAACAGUUUUCAGAAUCAAUAUAGCAGUGUAACAUCGCCACAAUCCAACAACACACCAUCACCCUCAACCUCUGGCACCUUCCAACUGCCUCAGUCCUCGCUCAUGUCCUCCUCCCUCUAUCCAAUCCCAUCGAUCUCCAUCACCACUACAUCGUCGACACCUGGCGGCGGUAACAUGGGUGGCUUGUCGCCACGCGGCAACGUGUCACCAUCGCACUCACCUUCGCACUCGCCACUCGCUUCACCACAUCACUCACCCGUUCACUCACCACUUCUCCACUCCGACAACUAUCUCUCGCUCAACGAAAACGAGAACUCCGACCCACUCACACCACUCCUCGGAUUCGGUGACCGUGAUCCACCUUUCCAAUGGACACACUACCAGCAAGACACCUGGUAUACCACGCUCAACACCAACGGCGAGGAGAUGCCAGUUCCACAACUACAGAUCAUUGCUUCCAAGGGAUUCUCCUAUGUCAAUAACUCGUGGGUCUACUGCAGAAGAAAUCACUUCCAACUGGACAUCACCGCAUCCUAUCCCAAGCACUACGAAGGACAACUCUCCUCGUCGGCAUCGAAUGUCGAUCCCACCCAAACUCCAUCGUAUUUGCUCAUCGAUGGCGCCAAGACACCCAUCAAUGGUCUCACUCUCACUAUCAAGGGUAUCAAGAAUCGCAUGGAACCAACGCAACCAGAGUUGGAAGUAGAGUUGUUCCAAACCAAUUCGAAGCGUGAGAAACAAGGAGAGCACGCACCCAAGCCAGUUGCCAUUCAAUUCGGUUCGCUGGUGUCAAUACAGCGACUUCACUUUAGAAAGGCGACACUCAACAACGCCCGACGUAAUGGCCAGCCCAAUCCACACCAGGAGUACAAUCAACUGGUGGUUUCACUCUGGGGUCGUUGCAUGGCACAGGAAUACUGUAUCGUCUCUUACAUCUCGCCACCACUCAUUGUGAGAACCGCCAUUAGCUCGCCAUCCGUCUCGCCAGCGGCCACCGAUCUCAGUCCACAACCACACACACCCGAACCAAACCAUCCUGCCUCGCCAUUCAACUCAUUCGGAACCAACCUAAACACCUUCCCCGAUUUCUCGUCGAUGAGACUUCAAUCGCCUGGCCACUCGCCACGUCCCAUGCUGCAGCUUAGCAACAACCUCAUUCCAAACGCCAGCACUCAAGUCAACAACAACAAUAUACCGGCCAACUUUCCAUCGAAACUUCAAUCCGCCGGUGGCUGUGAAUGGACCAAAGGUGAUGUCGACAAAACAAUCGUCUACAACGGUAAGGUCGGUAUCAAUGUGGAGAACCCCACCUUUGAACUCUCGGUCCAAGGUACCAUAUACGCUUCGGAGGGUGUAUACCAUCCCUCUGAUCUCAGAAUUAAAUACGAUGUAAAGCAUGUCGACACCAAAAAUAAUCUAGACAAUGUAAAUAGAAUGAAAAUCUAUGAUUAUAAACUACAUCCAGAGUGGGUUUAUAUGAACGGAAUGGAUCCAUAUGAGAAUGCUGAUAGAGGUGUCAUUGCACAAGAACUAUAUGAAAUAUUGCCUCGGUCUGUAAAGACAAUUGGAAAUAGAGUUAUUGGUGGACAAGAAAUUGAAAAUCUUAUGGUUAUUAAGAAUCAAUCAUUGAUAUUUGAAAAUAUUGGUGCCACACAAGAGUUAUCGAAACAAGUUGAAAAUAUAAACAAAAAGAUGGAAUCAUACGAAUCUAGAUUGCAAUCUUUAGAGCGAUCAAGGAAAGAAAGAAUAGAAAAUCAACAAAAACAAAACAAUAACAAAAACUAA